GACUUCAAAAUGCCAGAGCCGGCUAAGUCCGCUCCUGCCCCGAAGAAAGGCUCUAAGAAGGCUGUGACUAAGGCACAGAAGAAAGAUGGAAAGAAGCGCAAGCGUAGCCGCAAGGAGAGCUACUCCGUUUAUGUGUACAAGGUGUUGAAGCAGGUCCACCCUGACACCGGCAUCUCAUCCAAGGCUAUGGGAAUUAUGAAUUCCUUCGUCAACGAUAUCUUCGAGCGCAUUGCGGGUGAGGCCUCUCGCCUGGCGCAUUACAACAAGCGCUCCACCAUCACCUCCAGAGAGAUCCAGACUGCCGUCCGCCUGCUGUUGCCUGGGGAACUGGCCAAGCACGCAGUGUCCGAGGGCACAAAGGCUGUCACCAAGUACACCAGUUCCAAGUAAACUUGACAAGAAGCGACAACAGACUUUAGACAUGUGGUUUUUGCAACUAAUCACUGCUGGACACUAAUUUAUCUCACAAACCAAUGAAUAUGAGUGAUACUAGAACAUAAAUUAAGGUAUUUGAACAAUCAAGGAAGGACCAACAAGCACCUGGGUAAAACAUUAGAACUUUCCCCCCAAGUAUGAAAAUAUUAAAUGUUCAUGGUAGAAAUUUGUAGGAAAGAGAAAUGUAUAAAGAAAAA